GUUCUCGACCAGCUCUCUCUCUCUCUCUCUCUCUCUUAAUCUCUAGCUUUUAUCUCUCUCUGUCUCGCACUUUCAAACCCUCGCAAACACAAUCAUACAUGGCUCCCGAGCUCAUUCCCUCCGUCCCCAAAUCCGCAGCUCUCACCAGACCCGCCACCCUCCCCAGCCGCGCUUACGUCACUUUCUUGGCCGGAAAUAGUGACUACGUGAAAGGCGUUGUGGGAUUGGCCAAGGGCUUGAGGAAGGUCAAAACGGCGUACCCUUUAGUCGUUGCAGUCUUGCCCGACGUCCCGGAAAAUCACCGCCGCAUUCUUGAGUCGCAGGGCUGCAUCGUCCGGGAAAUCGAACCCGUUUACCCGCCGGAGAAUCAGACCCAGUUCGCCAUGGCCUAUUACGUCAUCAACUAUUCCAAGCUCCGUAUAUGGGAGUUUGUGGAAUACAAUAAGAUGAUAUACCUGGAUGGGGACAUUCAAGUGUACGAUAACAUUGACCACCUGUUUGACUUGCCGGACGGCAACUUCUACGCCGUGAUGGACUGUUUCUGCGAGAAGACGUGGAGCCACACGCCGCAGUACAAGAUCGGGUACUGCCAGCAGUGCCAGGAGAGAGUCAAGUGGGCCGCCGAGCUUGGGCCGCCGCCGUCGCUCUACUUCAACGCCGGGAUGUUCGUGUUCGAGCCAAGCCUCCUGACCUACCAAGAUCUCUUGAAGACACUGAAGGUCGCUCCGACGACGCCGUUUGCUGAGCAGGACUUCUUGAACAUGUAUUUCAGGGAUGUUUACAAGCCGAUUCCUCCGGUUUACAAUUUGGUCUUGGCAAUGUUGUGGCGUCACCCCGAGAAUGUGGAGCUCGAGAAGGUGAAAGUUAUUCACUACUGUGCAGCGGGGUCAAAGCCAUGGAGGUAUACUGGGAAGGAAGAAAACAUGCAGAGGGAAGACAUCAAGAUGUUGGUGCAGAAAUGGUGGGACAUCUACAACGACGAGUCGUUGGACUUGAAGAAACAGAGCAGCGCUGUGGCUGCGUCGGUUGAGGCUGAGCAAGCGGUGGACAUGCAGCCUUUUAUUGAGGCUCUAUCCGAGGCGGGAGCUUUCCAGUAUGUGAAUGUCCCAUCUGCGGCUUAGUAUAUAUUAUUGGAGAUAGGGUAAAUUCGAGAAAGGAAAACAGAAGUAUUGUAAGAGUGAGCUUUCGGUUUGUAGCUAUAGUUUUGGUCUUCAAUUUGUACCAUACGUGCUUGGUUUGUGGCAAGAAAGGCACAUCCUCAUUGCCUCACACACAAUCGUGGUCUUUUCAUGUUUUGUAAUCGUGGUCUUAA